ACCAAAUUGACGCAUCCAUGGGGCGCGCGCAGCAUCUUUAUUUUUCCACAUUACAAUUUGAAGUCAUAUAGGGAGAAAUAUAAACAUAAACGCAAAAAUACACGUUCGGUAUUUCAUCUUUGGGCUUAAAACUCUCACAGCCCGCGUCAAUAGCACCAUAUCAGUUUUAUAUUUGUAUCUCAUAUCUUAAGCGUCGAGCUGUGGUGAUGGAUGUGGAUGCCUGUAUUCGCGAGUGGAAUCGACCGCUGCAAGUGAUGCUCCAGCAGAAGAAGAUCAAAGCACGGAGGAAAAAGCGCAAGGAGUUGUUCGGGGGACAGAUGUGCUUCAUGGGUCUGCUGCUGCUCGCGGUGUCAAGCUUGUCCAAUUUGGCCGGAAAAUCCGGUAAUCUAGGCAUAUCCAGUCACUCUACUGAGGACAGUGAGAAGUGGGAGAGUCGCCGGCUGCUGCAGGACUUUGACAUUGACAGCAACUAUACUGAUGAUGUGCAGAUUGGACCCAAUGCCAAAAAGAACUGCACACCGCCUGGUAUACACGAGUUCCCUGAUGAUAUUUUCACCUACCAGGAGCGAAUGGAGGGGGCCGUAGCCUUGCACGUUCUAUGUGCCAUGUAUAUGUUUUACGCACUGGCAUUGGUGUGUGAUGACUACUUUGUGCCUUCCCUUGAGAAGAUCUCUGAGCGUCUUCACCUUAGUGAGGAUGUAGCAGGAGCCACGUUCAUGGCAGCAGGCAGUUCAGCUCCUGAGCUUUUCACCUCGGUCAUAGGUGUGUUUAUCACCAAAGGAGAUGUGGGAGUGGGGACAAUAGUGGGCUCUGCUGUCUUCAAUAUUCUCUGCAUCAUCGGAGUGUGUGGGAUCUUUGCUGGACAGGUAGUACGGCUCUCAUGUUGGACAUUAAUGAGAGACUCCGUGUACUACACUAUCUCAGUGGCCACUCUGAUCGUGUUCAUCUAUGACGAGAAGGUGACAUGGUGGGAAUCGCUCAUCUUAGUACUGAUGUACCUAGUUUACAUUUUAAUUAUGAAUUUUAACUCGCGGGUGGUUCAUUACAUUGAGCGGCGGAAAAAGAACUCUGCAAAUCUGGGUAACGGCACAGCGAGUAACACAGACAUUGACGAUGGGUCUGACGCUACUGUCGUGCUGCUUAAGAAAGCAAAUUUCCACAGGAAAUCAUCAGUGCUGAUGGUGGAUGAGCUUCUGUCUGCAUACCCUCAUCAGCUGACCUUCUCUGAGGCCGGAAUGAGAAUCAUGAUCACCAGCCACUUCUCCCCUCGCACACGCCUCUCGAUGGCCUCCCGAAUGCUCAUCACAGAGAGGCAGCGCCUGAUACAUGGUCAUUUCAGUAAUGGGGACUCAGAGGUGACAGUGAAUAUCCCAGGGAAGCGUGGGGUGGAGAAUGGGCUGGCAGGACCAGACAAAGGCCUGAAUGGGCGAAAGGGAGUUCACCAUGAGGACGACAGUAGAGGGGCUGAAGCUGGCACUGACACAGAAAAUGAGAACAAUGACAACGAUGAGGAGGAAGAAGAGGAAGAUGAGAACAAGGGACCCUUCCAUCCAUUACGCUGCCCCGGUGGGUGCUUGGAUAAGCUAAUGUGGCUGCUGGCCUGGCCACUUAGUCUGCUGUUGUUCUUCACCGUGCCCAACUGUGCUGUGCCUCGCUGGGAGCGCUGGUAUAUGGUCUCAUUCAUCAACUCCACCCUCUGGAUCGCUUCCUUCUCUUACAUCAUGGUGUGGAUGGUCACAGUGAUUGGUUACACAAUGGGCAUCCCUGAUGUCAUCAUGGGUAUCACUUUCUUGGCUGCUGGCACCAGCGUUCCUGACUGUUUGGCAAGCCUUAUUGUGGCACGGCAAGGGAUGGGUGACAUGGCAGUGUCCAACUCCAUUGGCAGUAAUGUGUUUGAUAUCCUUAUUGGGCUUGGUCUGCCCUGGACCCUGCAGACUUUGGCAAUAAACUAUGGCUCCACAAUUCACCUGAACAGCAAAGGCCUCAUUUUCUCUGUUGGGUUGCUGCUGGCAUCAGUGUUUCUCACAGUUCUUGCCGUACAUCUGAAUAAGUGGAAAUUAGACAAGCGGUUGGGUUUCAUAUGUUUGCUGAUGUAUGCUGUCUUCCUAUGCUUCUCCAUCCUCAUCGAGUUCAACAUAUUCACCUUUGUCAAUCUGCCCACCUGCCGCGAGGAAUAAGAUCAUGUCUUUUCUCGACACUCCUUCUUUGACCUUGUGAGGACGAUUGCCCAAGUCCUCCGUCAAAGGCAGAUCGGUUGUCGUUCUGAAGGAAUAUUUAUUUACUGAUCUAGUUGUUCCUCUCUUUUUUCUUUCUAAUGGGUGCAAUAUGGAUGGAAUCUCUGGGUCUGUGGUGUUUUUUACAACAGAGAAGAGAAUGGAGCAUUUGCGUGUCCUGUUGAUGUAGACACUUCUGAAUGGACGGAAAAUUUUUAAAAGAUGACUACUGCCUGGUUUGAUGUGAAUACUUUUGUUUUUCAAAUAUUUUGCAUAUAACAUUUAAAAAAAAUAUAUGAUUUAAAUGUAUUUUAUGAUGAUAUUUGUUUUAUUAGCUGCUAAUUGACAGAAAAAAAGGCUGGACUUAUUAUUAUAAAUGUUGGAAAAUUUAUAGAUUUAUGAAGAUUCAUUAGGGAAAUUAUUUUGUGCUGAAAGGUUCUGGUGACCUAUAGUAAAUACUUGUGAACAAUGCUUAAGUGGCAGACCAGGCAAAUGGAGAAUCCUCUAUUUUAUUUGGGCAUUAUUCAAGUCACUACUUUCAACCUUCAUAUCACAGAGGAGAAUAUGUUUACUUUGCAGAAGAGGGAAUAAAGGUGACAAAGUUUGUAAUAGAUCAUAUCAGAUCAACUUUCAGUAAAAGAGCUUUGCACCACUUUGUCCCGAUUUAGGAAUUGUUGCUUUUAGGAAGAAAAUAGGCAUUUGUUUGCACCUGUGUGGAUGCUAUGACAUACUACCAACAGUUACAUAUUUAUGUUAAUUAUUCUUGUGUGAAAUAGGGGGUUCCUAUAGAUGUGUUUAUGAACUUUUUUUUUGUUGUCUCUAACACUCUGUAUAUAUUGAAACAGAGAAAGAUUUAUUUAAUAAUUUAUUGUAAACUAUUUAUGCUCAUAAUUUCCUAUGACUUACUGAAACAAAACCAACCCACAGCUGUCCCAAAGAAGAGACUGUUCUUGUCCUUUAGAGCUUUGUGUAUCCGCCUUUACUACUGGAUUCUUUCUCCUGCAACUCUAGGAAUUAUGCACCCUUUUAGAUGCACCUUUGACUUCAUACGUAAAACCGUUUCUACUAUUUGAUACAUGUGUGACAUGACAUUAGAAGUAAUUGUAGUGAUUUUUUAACACAAUCUUUGGUAGGCAAGUAAGAAAAAAUAUAAAUACAUAGAUAUAUUUUAUACUUAACUGUUCUGACAUUUAAGACCGGCCCAAUCCCUAUUUAAAGUGGAUGAACUGAGCGAGCCACAAACCUAAGAAGCUGAUUAGCAGGAACGCGUCCUGGUAAAAUGAAGCUAACGUCUAUGUAAUGUUGAUAAGACUGUUUCAACAGUUCUGUGUAAGUAAAACCUUAGCUGUAUAUCAAAAAGAGCCUAUGGAAGCUUGCUCUAAAUGAGGUCAAGUCAUUUUCUGUUAGCACACCACUCUAAUCUUUAUGAAUGUUUUUAUUUUUUCUUCAAUGAAUCCUCUUGACAGAACACAGAUUAUGUUAAAGGAUACAGUUAAUAAUAUGGAUUUCAGAAGUUCUUUGUGCUUUUGUGUCUGUCUGAAAGUCACUGGGGCUCAUUUCUUAAAUACUUUUUAAAGGAUGCCUUUGGUUCUGGGGAUCUCAAAUAGACAGCACCACAAUGCAUCACAGCUGUAUGCUUUUAACUGUGACACAAUAUGUGGAUGUGUGGACUUUCAAGCCUAUUUAUUCUCUCUCCUCAUAGAGGUUUUCAGUGAGCUGAAAAAGUAUUGAUUAGAUGGACUGUUUUAGUCUAGUUAGCAACUUCAUGCAGCAUUCCUCGUCUAAAGGCACACUGCAGGGAAAUUUGCGAUUUAUGCACUGGGUGAUAUUGGGUGUCUUAUUGUGUCAUAUUUUAAGAAUAGAAUUUAGGUGCAAUAGAAACAUAUCUUAGAGUAUUGCGGCAAAAGUAUUUUGAACAUAAAGAAACUUUGUAUUUUUGUAAAGCAAAAUGUUUAGAAAUGUUUUCUGCUUUUUAAAGUCUGUAGGAUGUGCUUCAAGUGAUUCAGCAUAUUUAUUCUUUAGCUCAUUUUUAAUUUUUUUAUUUGUCAGCUUACUGUUGAAGUUCUGAGUACUUUUAGCAUGUUUAAAGUGAAAGGUCACGGUUUAUACAGAAAUUAUUUUAUCACUAAUGUUAAAAAGAAAGACAAUGUUUCCAUGGGUUGACAGAGAUUAUAUUAGAUAUAAAAAUUCCAUCUCUAGAGCAGAUCACUAAGAAAAUGGAUAUACUUAAUUUACUUACCAAAAAUACAACAGCAGGUCUAGGAAUUGAGUAAUGUGCUGUUUCUGAUAAAUAUAAGCUGGGUAUAACAUAAGUAGAGUGUACAGUACGGGGCUUUGUUUGGAUGCUGAAUAUUGUUAGUUUAUUUUUUUUUUUUCUAAAAGCAGGGUAGGAGUGUGUGAGGAAAGCAGGGUUUAAUUAAACAUUUCUUUUAUUAAAUGCAAUAAUGUUUAGAUUAAUUACUGUGUUUGUAUCUUUUCUUGUAAAUCCUAAACAUACCACAUCACAUUCUUUGAGUCAUACAGUUUGUUACUUCUACAUUUCAGCAAGUUUUGAAGAAGUUUGUGGACUCUAUGCUUUAUAUUAUUGGUAGUUAAAAGUGCAACAAAUUGUCUUUCACUGCAACUCUCCAAAAUGUUCAAAAUUUAUGAUUGGGAGAUAUUCUGAAAAAUGAAUGCAGUGUUUAAGGUUUCAAUACCAGCCAUAUACUAAAGGCUGGAAAACAAGUCUACAGAUUCAAAGAUUACCACUGCUAUUUGGUCAUCACUUCUGAAAAUGAAAGUGAUGGCAUUUGUUUAUAUGCAUAAAUAAUAAUAACAACAAUAAUAAUAAUAAUGAAGAGGUCACGCGUCGCACAACCAAUUAACCCAUAACUAAACAAGUUUCCCCUCAAAUGUACUUGUCUGCUGAUGACUUCAUGGAUUUUGACAUGUUUGAAACAGAAAUGUGACUCAUACAGGGUGAUGCAUUGCUGAUGUAUAUAAAAUAUACAUACCUGAAAAUGUCUUUUUUUUUGUCUGUUGACAAUUUUUCAUAGAUUCUGUACAAUGUUUAAGUCUUUUAUUUGUUUCGUUUUGUUGUUGUGUUGAGGUUUGAUUCAAUAACCUUGGUUUGCAAACUCGCAUGGGAUAUUUUAUUAUAAAUAAUGAUUUAUGUUCAUGACUAAUAGAUAUUGUUGAGCACUGGACAGACAGCUGUGUAAUUAGACUUCUUAGAUUAUUGCAUUUUGUUUUGUUUUUUUUUUCAAAGGAAAACUGAUGGGCUUUUGAUUCAUCAAUGACAGCAUGAAGUACACAAAAAAAUUAUAUUUUAGCCUAUUUUUAAGAUUUACACAUUUCAAUUUCAUAACAAAAUUCCAUUUAACUGUUUAAUGUUUAACUAAAUUAAAUUAAUAAAACUUAAAAUAUAUAUAUUUUUUAAAGAUUACUCAAUUCAAUUUGAUGACAUUUGUUAUAAAUUUGAAAUGUGUAAAUCUUAAAAAUAGACCAAUUUUUUAUUAUUAUUAUAAUUAUUAUUAGUGUAUAUUUCACUCAGAGUAACAGAUGUCUUCUGCAUUUCAGAAAUCAUAAGAACGAAUAUUGGUUGGCUUUAUGUACUAAAUUAUUUUGUUCAGGUGUAUAUUAGAGUACGUGUUUUGCUAGUUGAGCAUAAUUAAAAUGAUCUUUG